AUGAGCUAUUUACUGGCGCUGCUUAUCGCGAAUUUCGUGAUAGCCGUAAGCGCGAUUCCAAAUUACUCGGGACUUCCCCCGGGACCUUAUUGCGCCGGUAGGUACAACAACGGAAGGUGUUGCCCGGGAAGACAUGACGACUGCAGCGCGCCUAUUUUGAAGACUACAUGCUACUGCGAUGAAUUCUGCAACCGAACUCGCGAGGAAGACUGUUGUCCUGAUUACUGGUCACAUUGUCGGGGGAUCACUUUACCGACAAUUGAUGAUGAUUAUGGAGAAAUUCGCCAAUGUUUUUUCAAAGGAAAAUAUUAUAAUCAUGGUGAUACAUUUAAAAUAAAUUGCAAUAUUUGUAAAUGUUCAUCACUGGGCAAACGCGCAGAUGUACUCUGCGAAGAAAACCGAUGUUUGAUGGAACAAGAUUUACUGAGCACUCUUUACCUCGAAACCGAGAGACUAGGAUGGACUGCGACUAAUUAUUCUGAGCUUUGGGGACGUACUCUCGAAGAUGGAAUCCAAAAUAAAUUAGGAACUUUGAAUCCUUCUAAAUCGAUCCAUAACAUGAUUCCCGUGAAAAGGAUCUACAACCCCGAGUCUCUUCCCCGUGAAUUUGACUCACGAUCCCGGUGGCCCAGAGACAUAGGGGGUGUAAAAGACCAAGGCUGGUGUGGAGCUUCUUGGGCCAUUUCUACCGCAGAUGUUGCUUCAGAUCGGUUUGCUCUGAUGAGCAAAGGCUCUGAAGACAUUGACCUCAGUCCCCAGCAUCUUAUUUCGUGCAAUAUUCGUGGCCAGCAAGGAUGCAGAGGCGGGUACCUUGACCGCGCAUGGCACUUUGUCAGAAAAUUUGGUCUUGUGGACGAAGAAUGCUAUCCAUGGGUAGGACGUGAAGACAAGUGCAAAUUACGCAGAAAAACAACCUUGAGACAUGCUGGGUGUCGUACUCCGAGAAAUUCAUUGAGGACUGAUCUAUAUAAAGUUGGCCCAGCUUAUAGACUUGGCAAUGAAACUGAUAUUAUGCAAGAAAUCUUAACAUCUGGUCCCGUACAAGCAACAAUGCGAGUACACCAAGAUUUCUUCACCUACCAAAGCGGUAUUUACAAGCACUCAAACUUAGACAAUAAUUAUCCUUCUGGUUAUCAUUCGGUUAGAAUAUUGGGGUGGGGUGAAGAACUCGUCGGAAAUUACCAACCAACUAAAUAUUGGCUCGUUGCCAAUUCCUGGGGAACAAAUUGGGGCGAAAACGGAGUCUUCAGAAUCGUGAAAGGAACGAACGAAUGUGAAAUAGAAACCUAUGUCCUGGGUAUAUGGGCAAAAACAAUGUAG